GAGAAACAAAAAGGUCGCAAAAAAGAUACCAAAGAUGAAUCAGAUGAAAAAUCACCAGAUGAACCAACAACAUCUGAAUACUUUAAAAAAAGCAAACCCAAACCUGCCAGUUAUAAGUUAUAUGGUGAACCAAAUAACAAAGAGAAAACAAGACCAACUCGAUCAAGUACCAAAGGAAAAAAGCGAAAAAAAAGCUCAGAUGAAGAUGAAGAGGGAAACUUGGAGAUAGACGAAGAAGAUGAAAAACCUCGAAGAAGAACUAGACAGAGUAAUGGAAAAGGUAAAGGUAAACAACCAACGAAAAAAAGAAAGAAAAACUCAGAUACUGAUGAAGAUGAAGAGUUUAAUCCAGAGACAGAUGAAGAAGAUGAAAAACCAACUAGAGGAAGAAGACAAAGUAAAGGUAAAGGUAAACAGCCUGUGAAAAAGGCAAAGAAAGAAACCAAGCAGAUGAUUAGUGAUGAUGAAGAUGCAGAUGAAGUGGCUGCUAUUCAAGGUGCUCCAAAGAAAAAUAUAACUGAUUAUUGGUGUGAAAUUUUCGUUGACACUGAAGAGAAAUGGACCUGUGUCGACCUCGAAUCUGGAACAUGGGAUAACCCAAAUGAGAUUGAGAAAAAAUCUUAUUCUCCAUUGUUAUAUGUUGUCUCUUGGGAUAACCAUUCUUUUGUAAAAGAUGUCUCUCAACGUUAUUGUUCAGAAUUUGCAUCUUGUAAAUUUCGUCGCUCUCGUAUUGAUGACGACUGGUGGACACAAACUCUUUCCUAUUUUAGACCUGCCAAACGAAGUCGUCAAGAAAAACGUGAAGAUAAUCAGUUAGCCCAAAUAUUUGCUGAUCGUCCGAUGCCUUCAAGUCUUAGUGACUUUAAAAAUCAUCCACUUUAUGUACUUAAAAAACACCUUCUUAAAUACGAAGUCAUCUACCCACCUGAUGCACCAAUAUUGGGAAAAUUUCGAAAUGAAGUGAUUUACGCUCGUGAAUGUGUCAAAGAUGUUCACUCUCGAGAGUAUUGGAUGCGACAGGCAAGAGUUGUUCGUCCCAACGAAGAGCCUUACAAAAUUUCGGUUAAAAGAAAAAAAUGGGACAAAAAUUUGGGCGAUUUUCUUCGUGAUCUUCCUUUAGAACUAUUUGGUGAAUGGCAAACUGAUCCAUAUAUACCACCCGAUGCAAAAGAUGGUAAAGUCCCUCGAAAUCAGUAUGGAAAUGUUGAACUUUUCCAACCUUGCAUGUUACCCGGAGGAACUGUUUAUCUCCAAUUACCUGGACUCAUAAGGAUUGCGAAUAAAUUAAAAAUUGAUUGUGCACCAGCUGUAACUGGAUUUGAUAAUUGUUCAGGAGGAGCUGGAGUUCAUCCUGUUUUCGAUGGUUUCGUUGUUUGUGAAGAAUUUGCUGAUACUCUUAAAGCAGCAUGGGAAGAGGAGCAAUUAAACAUAAAGAAACGAGAAAUCGCAAAGAGGGAAAAGCGUAUUUAUGGUAACUGGAGACGAUUAAUUAGAGGUGUUCUAAUUAGGGAACAAUUGAAACUCAAGUACAGCUCUAGAGACGAUGAGCCGGAAGAUGGAGUUGAGAUGUCUGAAAGAGAUGAGAAAUCAGGAGUAAAGUCUUCGAUGACCAUGGAUGAUAUUGAUAAAGCUCUGUCCAUGAUGGCUAAGAAAAGGUCAAGCCGAGGUUCAGGUCAAGGCAAAGGAAAGAAAUCGACCAAAAAAGAAACCAAAGCGAAGUCAAAUAAGCGAAGAUCAAGGAAAAAGCAAGAGUCAAGUGAUGAGGAAGAUACAGAUGAAGAAGAAGAUGAUGAUGAUGAAGAUGAUUUUAUUGUAGAUGAUGAUGAGGAGAUUGAAGAGAUUGACGUUAAAGACGAAGAGGAAGAAAUUGAAACCGAAAUUGAUCUCUCUGAUUCCGAUUGAUUUACUCAGAUUGAUUGGAAUUACUUUUUUUUACAACAAAAUUAAUUGAUUAAGCAACGACAUUGGACCUAACAAUUUGAGCGAUUCUCUGAGGAAUUAAAUCUUUCAUUUCUUGGAUAA